CACUGCAGGUGCAGGUGUGCGCCCACCCGGCCCCGGCGGCUAUAAAACCCGAGUGCGCUCUUCCCAUCCACAGUCGCUGGCGGCAAGGCGCGGCGAUCGCGCGCCAUGCCAUGAGCCUCCCGGGAAAUUCCUCCAACUUUUCAAUGUUUGAAACUUUCCCCGACGCUAAUUCGAGCGACGCUGAAAAUGGAACCAACGCCACCGUAUUCGACUAUGUCACCGAACAUGUCGUCCACGCUUUGUCCAUUUACUACACACCGCUCCUCGUCACCCUCGGCUCCAUCGGCAACCUGCUUUCCGUGUUCGUCUUCUUCACCAGCAAACUCCGCCAUCAAUCGACUAGCCAAUACUUAUCUGCGCUGGCCAUAUCCGAUACAAUUUUUCUACUUCAACUUCUGCCGCCUUGGCUGAACACAUUGAUGAUAACGGAUAUAUUUAUUAGUGAAGGAUUUUGUCAAGUCUUCACAUACAUAUCGUACGUGACAUGCUACGUCAGUUCCUGGCUGGUGGUCUCCUUCACAGUGGAGAGAUUCGUCGCCGUGCUGUAUCCUCUGCGAAGAAAUAUAAUAUGCACAGUAGCUCGAGCGAGACAUAUAAUAAUCUCGAUAGCGGUGACGGCGGUGCUGUUAGCGACGCCCGUGCUGAGAUUUGCGGUGCCGAUAAAUGCUAACUGCGAUAUAGAUGAAGAAUAUAUAGACUCCGCGAUGAUAUUCAAUUGGGCGGACACUGUCGUGUCUUUUACGAUACCAUUGACGAUAAUAAUGGUUUUGAACGCGUGGAUAAUGUCGGGGGUGUGGAAGUUGGAGCGAGCUCGGCAACACAUGGGAGGAGACGAGAGAGGCAUGGGGCGCGCGCGACCAGCUCGUCUGUUCGGGUGUCCACGCUCGCAGCAGCGCAUCACCAGGAUGCUGCUCAUCGUGUCCACCGUCUUCGUGGUCCUCAACCUGCCCGCCUACACCAUGCGCAUCAUCGUCUACACCAACCAGAAAAACACAGGCUACAGCGGGCGCUGGCAUGCGCUGCAGCAAGUAGCCAUGAUGUCGUUCCACACCAAUUUUGGCAUCAACUUCAUACUGUACUGCAUGAGCGGCCAGAACUUCAGGCGCGCUCUGCGACAAGCCAUCCCGUAUCUAAGGAGGCGGCCCCAACGAGGAGUCGCCGUCAGGAGGACAGAAUCGUGCCACCCAGCUCGCGCCAGCAGCGUCUCGACGUCGUUCGUGAGCUGUACGGAAGCGACGAGCAACUGUGCAGUGAGCGUGAGCACCCCGGCCCCGAGACAUCGCCGACGAGACACUUUCAUCAAGCGUUGGACAUUUGACAACAGCCGACAGCGACAACAAGCCACCGCCCAGAGGAACACCUCUGAAUGCAUCGACAUGGAAGUCUUUCGCAGCUACGACGCUUAGAUUUCCUAUCAAUCAAUGUUAUAACACUACUAUGUAUGUUGUAAGGUCGAAUAUCAAAUUAUAUGAAUUUGGCCUCUAAUGUUAUGUUGUGAAAACUGGCCAUCCAGUCGCAACUUUAGGCCUUAUCUGUACCGGGCGGAUAAAGAUGUGAUGUGAUACAGUAUGUAUGUUGCGGAAAAAUAUUAAUUUCCUGGCGCCAAACUGACAUAUUCCCAAACGGGAUGGGUAAGGCCGCUUAUGAAUCUUAUUAAAGGAUCUGCAGAUCUUAAUCUCUCCGCUUAGGUCGGGAAGCCGGAUCAAGCAGGUCUCUAGACGACGCUUCUCCUUGUGAAGGAGUAAGGGUUAUUAUGAAGGAAUUGUGAAAUCCGAUGUUACUUUCAGUAUUAUUAUUUGUCCUAUCAACUACAACAUUGAAAUUUCAAUAUUCUAGUUGAUAGGACAAAUAAUAAUGCUGCACAGGCAAAUAUUUAAUGUCUGUCGAACAAAAGGGUGAACAGAGAGCGUAAUUUCAAAAAGCUAGCCUAUAAUCUACUAAUUGCGUUAAACAGUUAUUAUAAAUGCUGUUGCGUAAUGUUGCUGUAAUCCGCUCAUAGAGUGGCGUAUAAUUUGCGUCCUAAAAUUUAAUUAUUUCCUUAUUGUGGAUUUUUCGAAAACCUACUAUAUUCAUAUUAAUAAUCGUUUAUCAUGAUGUGUUAUAUAUUCAUGCUGCGUCAAAGCGACUAUAACUUUUCACAUAGUGUUAACUUUAGUCAUUAGCUGUAACGCAUUUAUGCACACAGUGCAUUUAAAUAUUAAGUAUUACGGCAUAACUCAGUAUAAAAUGUACAUCAUGAACAAAUCAGAAACCAAAAUAAAUUUCAAUAUUCUAGUUGAUAGGACGAAUAAUAAUGCUGCACAGGCAAAUAUUUAAUGUCUGUCGAACAAAAGGGUGAACAGAGCGCGUUAAUUUCAAAAGGCUAGCCUAUAAUCUACUAAUUGCGUUAAACAGUUAUUAUAAAUGCUGUUGCGUAAUGUUGCUGUAAUCCGCUCAUAGAGUGGCGUAUAAUUUGCGUCCUAAAAUUUAACUAUUUCCUUAUUGUGGAUUUUUCGAAAACCUACUAUAUUCAUAUUAAUAAUCGUUUAUCAUGAUGUGUUAUAUAUUCAUGCUGCGUCAAAGCGACUAUAACUUUUCACAUAGUGUUAACUUUAGUCAUUAGCUGUAACGCAUUUAUGCACACAGUGCAUUUAAAUAUUAAGUAUUACGGCAUAACUCAGUAUAAAAUGUACAUCAUUUCCCACUAUUUUCAUAGACAUACACUUUUGUUAUAUUUCUUAACAUAAACGAAAACAAUCGCAUUUUUAAUCACUUAGUAUGCGUUUUAAUAUUUUUUGAGCAGAAAAGUAUAUAUAUAGGUAAUGCACAUAGUCAUCAUACGUGUCAGCUUACAACUUACAUAACUUGUAUAUUCAAUAUAAAAUCGGAAAAGAAAAUAAUUACCUACGCUUAUAUGUAAGCAGGGAUACACAUCUGUUAUUCUUAGUCAUAACAUUCUGCUUUGAUAUUCGUGACACGGGUAAACUUGUGUGACAGCCGAGUCGUCGCUGAUGUCUAACAUCCGACACUUAACAUUGCUUCACGAUAUUAUGAUUAGCGAUUGUGUUUUUCGAAAUAUCAUGGAAAUAAAUAGGAAAUCUCCAAUGACUGAAACACUUAACCAUAUCACUAAUUAGGUUUAAGCUCUUUACUUAGGUUACCAAAGAUAACUUACGAGUAAAGUAGAGACAAAAAAUGCUAAAAAAAAUGCCUUUAAAAGGUUUUUUAAUUAAGAAUAUUUAUAGGUUAAGAAACCAUAUAAACGUUAGUUAGGAACAAAGUCAGAUAUGUGUUAUAAGAAGCUUUCUCAUCAUUCCAAAUUAAAAAGCUAGGUAUUAACUUUAAACUACUAAGUAGUUAUAUAAUCUUGGAAUUAAGGGUACAGUCAUUUAGAUAUUAUGUCCAUUAAUUUAUUAUGUACGGUUAUAGUCACGUAGACAAACUUUAUUUGGGACUUUUGAAAAUUACUAACUAUAACAUUUGACCGGAAUUUGUAAUACGACUUUAGAAAAAUCAAAGCUUUUCAAAAUUUAUCCAACGAUAACUUAACGCUUUGACUGGCUGUUUUUGUUAUCGAUGGCCGUUCCACAAUAUUUAUACAUGACUUAUAUUUCCACAAUGUGUACACAAUUGGCUUACUUGAUUCGACAUCGACUGACGUAGCUCAAAUUAUGUAUUAUUUCUUAAUAAAAUGGUGUUUUUAAUACAAAGAGAAAUUGUUAAAACCCAAUUGGCAUUCUUUUAUUUCAAAAUUCCUUUUUAUUUUGUGUCACUCUUAUUGGCUAAAAAGAGUGUCUUGUUUUUUUAAUAUUUUAGGCACAGAAAAAAUUGAUUUGGAUAGAAUUUAUCUCGGAAAAUGUAGAAAUUAUCAUUCAAAUUAAACAUAAAAAAAAUGUGAAUAUCGUGUCCCACUUCAAAAACCAAAAAUAUCCAGUACAGGCAGAGGUACAAAGUUAGAAAUAAAAUCAAAUAAAUCACUAUCCGAUUUAAAUACAAAUCACAAACUAUAUCUCGUAAAUCAUGAUACUACUCGAGGAUAAUAGGAAUAAUAAAAAUCUAGAUCUUGAGGUAAUAAAAAUCUUCUUCGAUCUUCUCGAAAAGCCGUGCUCCCACUAAUUGUAUUGAACAUAUAUUAAGGCCAUAAUAACUAACUUUAUAGAAUAACGGCAAGCUAUACUCGACCGUGUGGUGCCCGGGUAAGGAAUAGAACCACCCCUUCCCUACCCUUGGGUGUUGUACAAGCCGACUAAAGAAUAUAUAUAAUAAAUCUUUAACAACCUAAAUUACCAAAGUGUGCUCGUCUUUAUACAAAAACUUAAAAAUCUCGUUUGCUGUGGUGCUCGGGUAAAUAAUAAAAUCAUUACUUAUCUAAUCUUUAAUAAUAAGCCAAGUAAAGGAAUAUUUGUUAAUGUUGGCGGACCAAGUAAUUUACUAAAAUACAAUGUUUUAACCAAUUUUAUAAAAUAACAUUAAAAUAAACUGGACCGUGUGGUGUCCGGUCACAGAAUAGGACCACCCAUCCCCCUUGGGUGUCGUAAAAGCCGACUAAGGGAUAAAUAAUAAACCAGACUAUUUAAAUAAGAUAUUUUUUGCAAUUCUUUUGAAAUAACAUAAAACUCAAAAUACUUAGGACAUUGAAAAUGACAUCGUAUUUGACAUGACGAAAGGAAAAUAAAAGAUAUUAGACUUACAUUAUGUAAUCCAGAUUUCCAUGGCAUAAACACUAAGUACACACCUUUCAUUUAAUACACACCAAGUACACCUUUUGAAGACGCCAUAACAAUUCAACAAGGUACGUCAAAUCAAAACUGGAAAAUAUUGUAUCUAGACAAGGGAGUCGAUUAUGGCAACUCCAUUCAAAAGAAUCACGCCAAACGUGAAAUGGACGACAGAUGGGAUCAAUGCAUUCGAAAUCAACAGAGAAAGAAAUUCUAGCGAUAUGUUGGAUACAAAUAUGGAUUUAUGGAUACACUGAGUGAAUUUUUAUAUUUCAGUAAGUCGGUUGGACGUAUAUAUGAAGUCAUGUGUUUCGAUUUACCAUUAUAGACAUAAACAUUAACAAGCGAAGAUCAUUAUUUAUCAGAGGAUCAUUAUUUAAAAAAUCGAAAAGGGAAAUCGAAUCCUGCGCUUCAACACUCAACGGCUGAAGGAAGGAACCGGGAAAACGCUCAUAUCGCUCAAACGGGAGUCGCUCUGCAAAUCUAUCCAUUAGUUGUUGUUGAAUAAACUGUGAGGAUAUUGACGGGAGAAAUUAAAAAUUAAUGAUGUUUUAUUCGUCGAUUUCGACAACUUUGUACGAUAGUUAUAAAGAGAAAAACGUUAAAAAGGAAUAAUAUCAAGAUAGGAAAGUCCGAAGCUUGCGAAAGUAUCAGCGUUUCUAUUUCAUACGAACUAAGAUUAUAACAAAAAUUAAAUUUAAAUUUAAACUUACACAAGUUGUUAAUAACCUGAAAACGUUAAAUAGUAAAAUAACAUUUAUGAACAAUAAAUAUUGAGAAUUUCAUAAUAAAUAUGUGAUGACAACAUAUUGAUUCGCUAUAAUUAUGACAAUAUCGAAGAAAGAAACAAUGAAUGAAGGAGUGAAAUCGUGGAACCAGCAGAACCUGGCGAAGACCAAUGUUUAGCUAGAGAAAACUGACAAGCCCGGUAUGAGGAGUGAUAUCGUGGGACCAGCAGAACCUAGCGAAGACCAAUGUUUAGCUAGAGAGAACUGACAGGCCCGGUUUGAGGAGUAAUAUCGUGGGAACACCAGAACCUGGCGAAGAUCAAUGUUUAGCUAGAGAGAACUGACAGGCCCGGUUUGAGGAGUAAUAUCGUGGGACCACCAGAACCUGGCGAAGACCAAUGUUUAGCUAGAGAGAACUGACAGGCCCGGUUUGAGGAGUGAUAUCGUGGGACCACCAGAACCUGGCGAAGACCAAUUUUUAGCUAGAGAGAACUGACAGGCCCGGUUUGAGGAGUAAUAUCGUGGGACCACCAGAACCUGGCGAAGACCAAUGUUUAGCUAGAGAGAACUGACAAGCCCGGUUUGAGGAGUGAUAUCGUGGGACCACCAGAACCUGGCGAAGUCCAAUGUUUAGCUAGAGAGAACUGACAGGCCCGGUUUGAGGAGUAUAAUAUCGUGGGACCACCAGAACCUGGCGAAGACCAAUGUUUAGCUAGAGAGAACUGACAAGCCCGGUUUGAGGAGUGAUAUCGUGGGACCACCAGAACCUGGCGAAGUCCAAUGUUUAGCUAGAGAGAACUGACAGGCCCGGUUUGAGGAGUAAUAUCGUGGGACCACCAGAACCUGGCUCAACUUGUGACGUAUAUUUAUCUAAAGAGAACCUAAAUGUAUGUACAUGAAUAUAAAGUAAUACAUAAUUAUAAUAAAUAAUAUUAUGAUGGGAACUGGACUACAAAUUCUUAUAGGUUAAUUAAAUGUUCGGUGUCGUAGGAAGUAGGUGUUUAAUGAAUUAUAUUAAAUUACUAAUGUAUCAGUACUUAUUAAAGUAUAAAAUUAGUUUAUUAAGUAUAAAAUUAGAAAAUGCAUAAUCGAUAAGAAAUAAGAAUUAAACGCUUUAUUACAGUAGUUCAAACCAUAUAUAUGUAGUAAACAAUUACGUAUUAGUAUAUCGCCAGUGUUAAAUGUCGAAACACUCACUGUCGUGUUGCACCACUGCAAGUACAAAUAAAUUUAAAAUUAAAUAGAACUAUCCAUAUAUACAUGUGCAAAAGAUUCCACAAGUAACAAAACUACAAUUACUCUUUAAACUUCAGCCAAAUUUUCGCAGCCUCCAAGGAAAACUUACAAGACAUGAGACAUGAGUUUUUUCUCCUCUCCUAUACAAAUUAACCGACAAUAUGACCGGUAUGGAAAUCUAAAAAAUUAUUUACGUUCUAAUUGUCACUAUAUUUUUUUUGUAAUAAUGUUUUGGCUUUUAUAACUGUCUCCUAAAGUUAUAUAAUAGUGAACACCUGCUUAUGGUAUCACUGCCUUGCCUUUAAAUAAUUAUAUGUAAUAAUAAUAGCAUCAUUGUAUAUCACCAAACAGGCUACACAAUUAUUGGCUGCAUACUGAUAUAGAUUCCAGAGUGAAUCAACACUUCUGAUUCAGCUUAAUUCAUAAUCGAUUGACACAUCUAUGAGACAUGUUUGCUUGACUACCAGACGAAAACUAACUCACUACGCAACCCCCAUCACAACGUCGAUUAUGCAGACGUGAAGUCAGUAUCAAGUUGCAAUAAUAGUUGUUAUAAACACGAAACAAAAACUUGUAUUUGGGCGCGAUUUUGAUUUAACGUUAGCAGAAUUGCAAAUACUUUCAAAUUGAACACUCGCCACUUCUCAUUCACACCAAAUUUGUCUAUCGAUUUGGAAUGAUUUUAAUUCGACUUGUGAUUUGUGGAAGUUAUACAUACAGUUAUACAUACAUACUUACUUGUAAAAGUCUAGCAAACACGAAACAGAAAGCAGACAUCAGAUCAACGUUUAUUCUACGAUUUUCACAAUAACAAUAUAAAUUAUUUAAAAUUUUGUUUUUAAGUGAAAGCUUCUUUAGCGGCGUUGUGCACUUUUUGCGAUGGGUAAAUGUUAAACUUGCGUCAGGACACGUGACCUGAUAGAAAAUUCGUAAGACGUCAAUAAUGCACAACGUUAACAUUCAAGUUUUCACUUCUGCCGGCACUCCCGGAGUGCAACCCGUAUUUUCUAUACGCGAGACAGAGAAGCCCCACGCCUAACACCGCGACCUAUAACGGAAUUCGCCUUGAGUUAUGAUCAUUGAAGAGGACAUUACAUAAAUUAUUAUUUUUGUAUGAAAGAAUUAUUAAAUUAUUUUUUGAUGAUAGCUAUAUAGCUGUGAGGUUGGUAGUUUUUUACAUGUAACGCUACAUGAUUAAAUACAUAAUAUACCUUGCUUAAAUAUUCCUGGAUCUUAAGUAUAUAAAUCAACGUUUGGUUGGUUGCAUGAGGGAUCUUUUAAGGUUAUAUUUCGUACAUUGCGGGCGAUUCUAAGGUCAGAGCAGAGUGGUGUUUAAACAACCAAUAGGAUUUCUUUCGAAAUUCGGAUUCGGUUCGCAAUUCGGUUCGAAAUUGGAAUCUGGCUAUUGGCAAACAUAUUCUUUGUGACGACAUAAAAUUUGUACUUUUUGGCUUUGCUCAUUUUCAGGAGGAAUGACGAAAUUUGAUUGGUUGUUAAAAAAUCACCUCUCCGCUUCGGUUCUUACACGGCGCGGUGGGAGAUGAAAAUGUACGUAUGUAUAUCCUCAAAUCAUCGAGAUAUAUUGCAACAAACAUUUACAUAAUUAAGAGCUUUUAUUCCUUUAUACUUUAUUUACGUAGUUCAUCAAGUUUGGUCAACUUCCCAGCAACGCCGACGACCGUGAAGCCACCGCGUGUCGGUCCGAAGACCUCACUAAAUCAUUCAAUCGGUAGUAGCGACGGUAAUAAAAAAAAAAUUUAAAAAUUAUAAUGACAUUUUAUUACUCGAUUGGGCAAGUUAAAAUUUAUUGUGUAAAUAUGUGUUUGAAUAAGUUUGCAGACUAAAAGAAACCUUGAAGCUCCUAGCUACUCGAAUUUAUCGUACAGUACACCAAUUUGUUUUUCAUACUUAAUACCUCAUUGAUUUAUUGAAUAAUAAUUUUUAAUUACAUAGGAAUAAAAGCUUUUAAGAUGCCGCAUCGCCGCGAUGCACGAAAGACAACAUUUGAAUACAUGUUCUUUUCUGUCUUCAUAUCUUCCUUCAAAACUAAUAAAGAUAAUAUAUUUUUUUAAAAGAUUAAACAAACACUUGUAGUAGAGAAAAAUUAUAUUUACUUUUAAGAAAUAUAUGUAGAUUGUAUUAAUAGUAGUAGACACGCUGUAUUACGCUGUUUUUUUAUUUAUUUAAUGGCGAGCGCGCGACAAGCGCGACGCCAGCCGCAAAGCUACUAAGUGAUAAUAGUAUUAGGAUGUAAACUACACAUCAUUAUGCUUAUUAUAGUUAACACUAAAGUAGAUCAGUCAUCAUACGCUGGAGUAGGUAGAGCAGACUGGAUGUCGUAAGCGGUGGUGUCGCAGGCGGUGGGGAAGCGCUUUAGUUAGACUGAACGCGGUAGCACUCGCGUGAUACGCUGGAGUAGGUAGUGCACGGAAGUAAUCGCGCGAUACGCUGGAGGACGUAGUGCAGACUGGAUGUCGCUUUAGCUAGACUGUGUGCUACUCGGGCUCGAGUAGGUAGCGCAACACUCUAGCUAGUCUGAGCAAGUCACCAUUCAUUUUGCUGUUUUUAUAAAUUAUUAAUCAUAGAUAUAAUUCAUAGUAAGUAUAGUAAGGCAUUUUCAUUUUUAAGGUUAACCUCGCAUUUUAAGCUGUCCUAUAUAAAACCUUUUUCUAGAUACUCUAAAUUGAUUUAAAAGAAAUCAUUUACAGGUAAUCAACUAACAAUUUAUUAUUUAAAUAAUAUGUUUCCAAAGUAUCCAAAUUUAAUAGCAUUUAUGAUUACGACGAGAUACAACUUAAAUUUUCUGAAUGUAAUUUUUUAAUGUUUGCCGUUUUCUCUACCAAUAUUUAUUUAGCAUAAUUAUAGAUUUAUUUUCUAAAAUAUAAAAAAAAUAUAAAAGUAUUUAUCAUCUAGGUAUAUAUUAAUUGUUUUAAGUAAUUUAUUCAAAACAACACAUCAAUGCAUAACGCAGGCAACGCAGAGUGGCACCACCUACCACAGCUAAUUGACGUCAAGCGUUGAUGCUGAGCAGAUCAAACGCACCAACACCACGCACUUUGCGUAAGCGUGCGCGAACCAGUCACGUUUAUUGUUAGUAAUUGUACGCGCACAUACACGCAAGCCCACGUUUGCCAAUCACAUACAUUAUCUUUAAGUAACAAACGAACUUAAUUUACCACAAAAUCAAAUGAAUACAAAGGAUUACCUAAAAACGAAAAUGCCCAGUAACAGAAUUAUAAUGUAGCGAACAAGUGUAAUGCAGUAUAAGAUAGUUUUAGUAAUUAAAGAUAUUUAGCGAGUAAAAGUAAAUAUGAAAAUUUCAUCUUUACUUUUGCUCUUCUACGUGUACCUUUACUUUUGUGGGUAUAAAGUCAUUGAGCCCAUAAAUAAAGUGAAGGGAUAAGUUGUUGUUUAUUUUAAAAUAUAAUUUAAUUAUAAAAAAAAUAAAAAGUAUUAAAAAAAAGAAAAAAUAUGUAGAAUAUAAUAGUAAUAGGUAUACACAUGCUAUUUAAGUUUCCGUAGGACGAUCAAAUUUAUGAAAAAUUGCAACUAGGUAGUCAAAAUUGUAUCCCUUUUAUUGCUUUAUUUGAUUGCCGAUUUAUAUUUUCAUAUUUUUACUCAAAUAAGUUGUCAUUGUGAAUGUUGGUUUUCAAGGAUUUUUUUUUCAGUAUUCAUACCAUUUUGUAACAUGUACAUUUCUAACAACAAAAAAAAAUAUAAUGGUAUUCUUUCAUCAGUAUCAUAGGAUUAGGUUAAAAGCUUUUGGAAGAAUAUCUAAAUCGAUUUUAGAAUUAAAAUCAUUUAGCUUAUGUAGUAGAUUUGGUAUUUGGUCGUAUUACUCCAUCGAAUGUACUGUCAUGUUGUUCAUUAAAAAUAAUUCUGUUAUUGAGAUGUUAAAGUAGAAUCCGACUAAUUUAGGAUGACAAAUUGGCCGCUAUGCGUUAGUUGCUUACCAGCACAUUACGAAUUUUGGCUACACGCUAAGGCCAUGCCCGUUUAACUUGGAAUGUGUAUUAUCUCCAACAUUGUAACAGAACCGUAAAACCAUUGCAUUCAUGUUGUAACAAAAAAUCUUUGAAUCGCAACAAGUGAUACAUUCCCUGUGCUUAAAAGCCCUUAUCCACGUGCCGUGAAAUACUCACCGCGUGGACACGGUAGUUAGUGUUGUAUGGAUUACUAUAAGAGUUUGUACACGGGGAACCGUGUCUCGGCAAGAACCAUAAAGUAAUCUAUGCAACACAGACAAACCAUAGAGGAUGUCUGUUUCAAUUCAAGGGUUUUUUUACAUUAUGAUAGUAAUAUGGUAUUGGUUCACAUACAUCAUCCAUAGGUCAAAACAAGCAAUUCCAAAAGCGUUCAGCGAUAAAUAAUCUUGCAGUGGUGCGAUGGGUUGAGACGGCAACUACCCAAAUUUUAGAUUUGCUUCAAUGUUGUUUAAAUUAGGAUAACGACAAGUUUUAAGAUUUUAAGAUCAGAUUAAAAGUUGUAUUGCAAUAUCGAUAAGUAUUAAAAUGAUCUCAGAAUAUAUUAAAUAUUGUUUAAUAUAACGAUAGUAUUUGAAAGUAAUCGUAGAUUUCAAUGAAUCGUGUAUAAGAUACUAUAGAUUAUAAGAUUAUGAUAUAAUUUGAAGUUGUGUGUAGGAUAACAAUACUGUUUAGACUUAGAGAACUUUGAUUCUUAUAUAAGAGACUCAAAUAUUGUUUAAGUGACUAAUUACCGACAUGGUUUUCUUGUUGUAUACUUAGGUAUCUAAGAAUGAAAAAUUUUAAGAGUGCUAUUUUUGAAAUAUAUGACUCUCUAGAAUUCAAACGAGCUAACGAGGGUGACAUAUAUUUCUAGAAUAUGCCGGUUAUAGUGGUGUUAGUAACCUUUUAAGAUUUUAAAGGUCGUCGCCCAUUUAUAUCGCACGGCUCCCGCACCGCAGAUAUGUUUAUGCUAAUAUAAAUUAAUAAGAGUCAUUCAACAGUGCAUUGGUCCUUACACCGCGAGAACCGCCACCGCUAAUUAAGGGUCUUUCCGCGCUGUCGCCGGUCGAGAUGCUGUUAUUAGAAUUAGACCGAAAUUAUGCGCAGCGCAUUAUCGAAUAGAAUGGUACGCUUCAUAUACAAAUUCGAACAAUACAACACCCUAAACCCGCGUUCUCAUUCAUCUGAUAUUUUUGCGGCGCAUCCGGAUAUACUUCACGAUCCAAAUUAGGUCUGUUCCGGCCUUUAAGCAGCGGCGCGUGGACCGAUCCAUGAAACGCUAUAGAAUCUUUUUCAGUAUGUAAAAGCCGACUUUGAGCUACGAGUGCACAACACUGGUUUACAUUUAGUGUUCCGUAUUUCUUUCCGUGCCAUAAGUACAGUAAUAUAUGAAUUACUGGCUUUUUGGACUUUACAUUUUCAGUGCGUUCGGCGCACCGGGCGUCGAGUUGAGUCGAGUCGAGCAGAGGGAACGGCGAGUCGGUAACGCAGACUAGCCGAUCCUAAAGCCACGAUUACAUUAAGGAACAUUUGACGCGCAACAUAUCCUUCUUUCCUGUUCAUUACAAUUUACAUGAGUGAGAUCGACGAUGUUCUAUUUCACUCGAGAUAAUGGAAAUGAAUGAGAAAGAGCGAUAUGUUACGUUCAAAUGUUUCCUAGUGUAUUCGUGGUUUAAUACCGCUAAUUGACGACAAGUGUAGAGGCGUGACUUGCGUUGUUUCGGGCCAAUGCUUUCAGGCCGGAGCAGACAGUGCACGCGUAGCGCGUUUGCGUGUAUCACUGAUGUUGAUUGUAUGGAAUUUUACGCAUAUGUACUCGCAAACCGUCGUUUGCCACGUCUUAUACAAUUCCACACAUACACCAUUGGUAUGCAUUUAGUCUGUCCCGUUCUGCCACGCGGACAGUACCAUGCCAUCAUCUGUACCGGUAUACCCUAAUGUCAUUUUUUAUACACCCGGGUUAGCGUGUGCCCCGGGUGGGAAUCAUAAGAGAUCGAGGCAGUGCAAAAAGGAACGCCUCGUGCGACAGCGCUUGGACACUAAACGAAAAGAAACAAGCAUUCAUAUCACCCAUGCGGUUCAAACGCGAAUAUACAAAUGUGGGCGCACCCGGGCAUGGGCUCGCCUGGGUGCGUAACAUCCAACACCGAGAAUCCAUUACAAGACGCGAGGAUCGAGCAACUGGCUCGGAACUCGUGUCGUGAAAUGAUUUUAAUUCAUUCUCGUGGACAGCAAGCUUCCUGCUAGCUGCCAGCGCGUAGCCAGUGCACCUUGAGGAACCGCGUGCGUGCUGUGGGGGUGCGGUGUGGAAUAUAUUGACUCCGACAAACUUAGCUUAUAUAAACUAUGAUAAUUUUAGUAUAUGUUGUAACGAUGUUAGGAUAAAAUGUGACCAAAAAAAAUACAAAAUAUCAAAAAUCCAAAAAAAGAAUUAUUAUUAAUUUAAGACUAUGUAUAUUAAAUAAGGAAGAUUGUAGAAUGUAGUUUCAGUUGUUGUUAAAACUGGAGUAGCUAAUUGUAUUCUCAGUAGUAGUGUUAAUCAAUUAAAUUCUUGAUGUUGUA